AUGCUGUUCUUCUUCGUUCAAGUCUUUGUCUUCUCCUACCUGACUGCUCUCGGUCUUGCCUUGCCAGCUGCUAGCCCAGCGCAAGGCAACUCGCUGGGCAGUCACCGAUUCCUCACACGAGCUGUCAGACGUCUGGAUACUCGGGCUCCUCAGCAGGAUCAAGAAACCGGUGCCAGCCAAGGCGCAAACAAUACCGCCAACGCUGGCGGCGCCGGGCGGAAUAAUGGCGUCAGCGACGCCCAGGUUAUGAAUGCUGUUAUGUCAUGGAUGCAGGAUACCGCAAAGGUCACCAAGUUCCUCAACACCGCCACGUCGUUUACCGGUGCCGAGUUCACCAAGCAAGCCACCAUUGCGCUCAACGCCGAGAUCGACGAGCUCAACCACAAGAAGGUUCUCGACGCCGCUUUCAAGGGAACCGACAUGGUCACGCAAGCCAACAACGUGCUCGACACGCAGGGUAAUUUUCAGCAGGUCGUCGAUACCCUGCAGGGCAUGGUCACCAACGGUCCCGACACGGCGCAAAAGGACGUCGACUCCAUCAACCAGAACCGUUGUGUCAAUGUGCUUCCCAACAUUGACAUGUACUUUGCUGCUGCCGGCGCUGCCAACAUUCUGUCAGUUCGUCCCACGGGAUGUUUGGAGGUUGAGGGUGCCAAUGUCACUCCCGCCGUUCCCCCGCCCGCAAAUGGCGGCGGUAACGCUCCUCAAGCUCCUCAGCCCACCGCUCCGCCGAAAGCGAGCAACGGAAACGGGAAUGGAAAUGCCAACGGCAACGGUCAAAACAAUAACCAGAACCAGGGCAACAACGGCCAGAACCAAAACCAAGGGAAUGGCAACCAGAAUAGCGGCAACGACAACCAGAACAAUGGCAACGGCAACCAGAAUCAGAACCAAGGGAAUGGCAAUCAGAACCAAGGGAACGGCAACGGCAACCAGAACCAGAGCCAAGGCAACAAUGGCGGCCGGAAUGGUGGCCAGGAUAUCGCAAAGGGCGUUGGCAGCAAUGGCAAUGGAAACCAAAACCAAGGCAACGAUGGAAAUGGUAACGGCAACACGAACACCAACCAGAACCAGAACCAGGGCAACAACAACGGCCGGCCCCAGAAUCAGAAUCAGGGCAAUGGCAACGGCAACCGCAAUGGUAAUGGCAACGCCAACACCAACACGAACAACAAUCAGCAGGGCAACAACCAGGGCAAUGGACAGGCUCCGAACAGCAACCAGAACAAUGCUAGCAAUGGUCUCCAGCUUGCUACUCUUGGUUCUUCCAACGCCAAUGCGAACAAAGGCAACAACAACAACAACCAAGGCCAGAGGCAGCCUCAGCAACAAUCACAGCAGGCCCAAAGCCCAGGCGGUUCGCCCCUACGGCCGGCACAGUUGGGUUCACAAAAGCCCGCGGGCAAUUAA